GCGACUGGACAGCUGAUGAACUGACUAGCGUUGUGAUAAUCGUUCAUUUGUCACAAGGUUGUUCCAUUCCAACUAUUUCCACUCGAUGUUCCAGGAACGUGGGGUGUCGAAGGGUCUAUUAAAAAUCCUAUAGAGUGUGAAUAGGAAAAAGCGCACUCACUUUCACCUACAACACCGUUGCAUUCUCCGCUGUGGGCAAUACCAAGGAAUAAAAAUGUCGGCUACAAGAUUCUCCGGAAUUGAAAUGGGUCCGCCCAUUGAAAUUUUCGCCCUGAAUAAAAAAUUCUUGGAAGACAACUUCGAGAAGAAAGUCAAUUUAACAAUCGGUGCAUAUCGUACGAACGAGGGAAAGCCCUGGGUUCUGCCAGUGGUGAAGAAAGUUGAGAGAAAUCUCGCAGAAGAUGAACUCCAGAAUCACGAAUAUCUUCCUGUCCUCGGCCUGGACGCCCUCAGCCAGAACGCCGUUGAGAUGCUCCUGGGGAAGAAUUCUCAAGCGAUUAUCCAGGGAAGAGCCUUCGGUGUGCAAUCGCUGUCGGGAACUGGGGCUCUUCGCGUUGGCGCCGAGUUCCUCUCCCGAAUUCUCCGUUAUGACACGUUUUACUACAGCAAACCAACCUGGGAGAAUCAUAAACUGAUCUUCACGAAUGCGGGAUUCAAGAAGGGCUGUGAGUACAGGUACUGGGAUCCAGUGAACCGCAGUGUGGACAUCGAGGGGAUGCUCGAGGACCUCAGCAAUGCUCCCGAGAAUUCUGUCAUCAUUCUCCACGCUUGUGCUCACAACCCCACGGGCUGUGAUCCAACUGCUGAGCAGUGGGAGAAAAUAGCUGAUGUUAUUGAGCGGAAGAAACUUUUCACGUUCUUUGAUAGUGCUUAUCAAGGAUUUGCAAGUGGUGAUUUGGAUCGUGAUGCCUACGCAGUACGCCUCUUUGCAGAGCGUGGUAUUGAGUUCCUCGGGGCCCAGAGUUUCGCCAAGAAUUUCGGCCUCUACAACGAACGAGCUGGAAAUUUGGCGGUGGUGAUGAACAACGCGAAGGAGAUAGCUCAAGUUAAAUCUCAGUUGACUCUUAUCGUUCGAGGGAUGUACAGCAAUCCACCUAAUCAUGGGGCACGAAUUGUGGCUUCUGUUCUGGGGAAUGCAGACCUCUAUGAAGAAUGGAAAGAUCAUAUUCGCAUAAUGGCUAACAGAAUAAUCAAGAUGAGACAAGGAUUAUACGAGAGACUUAUCAAGCUUGGAACUCCAGGAACAUGGGAGCACAUAACAAAACAGAUCGGAAUGUUUUCAUACACUGGGCUGACAGAAAUCCAAGUGGAACAUCUGAGGAACCACUACCACAUUUACAUGGCUCGAAGUGGACGCAUAAACAUGUGCGGCCUCAACGAUCGUAAUAUGGAGUACGUGGCGAAUGCAUUCCACGAAACAAUCGUCUCACUACCAGACAAUGAGAAUAAUUAAUGAUAAUCUCACAUGAGGAAUCAAUAAUAUUGUUUGAAAUUCGACAAGUUUAUACGUACGUUGAGUAGUUUUAUAUGGCUAUCUCCGUGCUCUCGAGGACUCGCACGUACGAAAACUUUUCAUAGAAAAAUUUGGGCAAUCAGCUUUAAAAUUCGAUUGGAUUUCUAUUCAACUUUUUUUGGCUGUGCAUUUUUUUCAAUGGAAAUAUUCAAUGAAGAUUGAAUAAUCUAUGGGAAAUUAAAGAAUAAAUAAUGUAUAGAAAAAAAUGAGUAGAAUUCGAUUUUCGAUGCAAUUUAUUCUAUUGAUAUUUCCGCUGGA